AUGUGUCUGGCUUGGGAUUUCUUACUGUCUAAGGACAGAAUUUGGGUUGCAUGGUUUAGGAAUUGCUAUUUGAAGAAGGCUUCAUACUGGAAUGUGGUUGUUAAAGGAUCUUCUUCAGCUGUUUGGAGAAGUAUUGUUGCUGUCCGAGAUUUUAUAAAGAGUAAUUACAGAUUUCAGAUUGGUAAUGGGCAAAAGACAAAGGUAUUCCUGGAUCCAUGGUGUGAAGGGAAGUUUUUGAGUGAGAUAUUCAAUCGUAGAACGCUAGGAUGUCUGAGUAGAGAUAAGAAUAUUUGUAUGAGUGCUAUUAUCACUGACGGCCAGUGGGAUGAAGGAAUAUUAGGCAACACAACGCAAGAUUUGAUGCAAGCAUUCAAGAAUCUGCUGAUGAUUGCUGGUGAGGAUCAAUUGCAAUGGCAUACUCCUCCUUUUGGGUUUCAAAAAGCUUGGGAAGCUGCUAGAGUGAAAAACCAAGAGGUGACUUGGGCUACUUUGUGCUGGAAUGGUGGACGGCCGAGAUGGUCAGUUCAUGCUGUAUUGAUUAUGCAUCGGGCAGUUAUUUCACAUGAUUUUUUGCAAAAGAGAGGGUUUGCAUUAGCAUCUAGAUGUUAUCUUUGCUAUAAUGAAGUUGAAAAUGUGGAUCAUUUGGUCUGUGGGUGUGAAUAUGUUUGGAAGGUUUGGAGUUUUCUUUCACAUGUUUGCUCAUGGAACCUUCAUAGAGUUUUUGCUUUGGCAGAUUUGUUACUACAAUUUGAUCAGUCUCAGAGAAAGGAUGUCAAGAAAAUAAUACCAAGUUUGUUUUACAGCUACACUAUAUUUUAUAUGGUGGGAGAGGAAUAA